AGAUAACCGGAAGGAUGCUGUGGCAGGGAGGAAGCGUGGGGAUUCUAUUGUGCUGACGCUGGAUGCGAUUAUAAACAGCUCCGUCCUCAACCCGGACCACGUCCAUUUUUUUAAUUUAAUUUUUCUGUUGUUGUUGCAUUAAUAGCUGCCAUGUUCCCAUCGUGUCAGUCGAAGCCCGCGGACAGCAGCGGUAAUAGGAGCUCCAUCGGUAAGAUGCUGCUCGGGGUCUUUGUGGUGUACAUGCUCCACACCGCCUGGCUGCUGUACGGCUUCCUCAACACUAAGCCCUGCGAUGGAAGCACAGACGAGCACUGCAUCACCUCCUACCUGACAGCAAGAGCCCGGCUGCAGAUGAGUGUCUUCACCUGCCUAGUGCCAGACAACAGCCAACUCCACCUCGCUGUGAAAAUAGACCCGUUUGACCCACACUCUACAUUUGAGAGGCAGGUGAAUGUCUCUCUGCCAGAGCAGACUCGGGCUAAUGGCACUCUGUUUGCGGUCGUGUACGUUCACAAAGCCGGUGUUUCCCCUCUGGAGGACAGCAGAGAAGUUCACUACGCAGCUCAGCUCACCACCUACAUCACUCCCACACACACAGAGGGCCAGCGAGACAUGCAGAAGAGGUCCAGUCCCAGAUCAGAGAACACUGUAUCCCACUGGAGGCCUCACCUGUCAAUCACUGUGAUGUCAGAGGACUUCACCUUCAACAAAGCGGGGCUUCCUAGCGAUGUGCGGCGCUACAUGAGAGUCUCUCAGGAAGGCCGACAAAUGAUCUACCUCCCUCUGCUGCUGGUGAACGAGCUCAGCUUCAGAGUCAGAGACCUCCUGGCGAUCAGCAGCAGCACUGUUCAGCUCCCUCUGACUGUGUCCUACGAGGGAAUCUCCUUAAGGGGGUUCAGGUUCUGGGUGCAUCUGCAGGACGUGGUUUAUUCCUUGCGACAGUUUGGCUUCACAGAGGAGAACAUAGAUGAAAUUAAAGAAACAUUGGUGGGCUCCAACCUCUACCUGUUAGUGUUGACUGCACUCAUCACAGCUCUGCAACUCAUCUGUGAAUUCUUGGCUCUUAAAAAUGACUUCAGCUCAUGGAGAAAAAAGAAGAGCAUGGCGGGAAUGUCCAGGAAGUCAGUUCUGUGGCGUAGUCUCAGCACUUUGCUGAUCUUCCUCCAUCUGCUAGAGGAGACCAGUCUGCUGGUGCUGCUUCCUGUUGGAUUGGGAGCAUGUGUCGAGGUAUGGAAGGUGUUUACCGUGUUUAAGAUCCAGUUUCAAUGGAAAAGCUCCAAGCUCCAUGUAAUUAAGCUGGAUGAGGAAGAAAGAAAGACAGUGGAGUACGACACACAGGCGUCCAGAUACUUGUCCUACUUGGUCUAUCCUCUGUGUAUCAGCGGAGCUAUUUUCUCACUGGCCUACUUACGCCAAAAGAGUUACUACUCCUGGUUGGUGAACACUCUAGUGACUGGAGUGUAUGCCUUUGGCUUCCUGUCUAUGGCCCCACAGCUCUUCAUCAACCACAAGCUGAAGUCGGUGUGCCACCUGCAGGGGACAGUGUUGAUGUACAGAGGAGUGAACACGCUGAUCUCAGACCUGUGCUCCUGUGCCUCCUUUUUCUCCUCGUCUGGAUCCUUCUCCUCCUCUCAUCAACUUUCCUGCUUCAGAGAUGAGCUCCUCUUCUUCCUCUACCUCUACCAGCGAAGGCGUUACGCCCACAAGGCCAGGAGGCGAGAGUCUGGGACCCAAAGCAAGAAACUAAAGACUCAAUGAGGAGAAGACACAUUCCCUCCCCUUCCCCUUUUUUUCCACAGAUGAAUGCACAAACACACAAAAACAACGUUGAAGAUGUGAAACGGAGCCUCAGGCAGGACACUCGGCCGUGUGCGCCACAGCAGCUUCAAACUGACCCAAGAUGAGCUGUUCUGCGUCUGACUCGUCACUGCUGUACACUCAUGGUGCUGCUGCUUUUUGCUUGGCAUCGAUGAAGCUUCCCCCUUUACUCCACAGACAUUCUCUGCUGCACAUGAAGAAUACCGACAGUAUCAUAUCAGCAGUCGUAAUGUGCAUUUGCUCAAUUCUCCUCUUUAUGGCUGUCUGUUAAGCUGGAACCACAAUUUUCCCUUUAAGUUUUAGUUUAAACAUUUUUUUUUAAAUAUGGAUUUAUACACAUACAGUAUAUUCUGUAAUGUGUGCUUGUUCCGCCACUUACAUGAAGCUGGAGCGGCCUUCUAAUAAAAGCACAAAAGGCUCUAUGGAGCUUUACGCUUCUAUAAAUUAAAAUAUUCAAACCUAAGACAUCAUCAUUUUUAUGGUUGCGCACUAUUACAUCCAAUGAAAAUUAUUUUGCACAAUUACCCCAACUCAGCGCAGCAUAUUUGUUUUAUUUGGAGUCUUUGUGAUCCUGAGUAGAAGGUAAAAUGAUGUCCUGUGGUUUGAACAUUGCAUGGCUUUGCAGCACAAGUGUGUAAUGAUAGACAUAAAGGUGCAACAUGGCCUCUGACAGUUAUGAGAAGAUCAGACCAGCAACAUGAAGCACUUGUUACUCUUCAUCGAGGAUAAAUAAUAAAUAAAUGACUUGUGUUGAAGGCUUAUGCUGGAGUCUGAUCCGGUUGUUUUGCAGGUAGAAGGUCCAUGUCACCUGUUGAGUAAAUUUAAUGUUAGUCAUAUCCAGAACAUCAUUAGAUAAAGUAUUUUUUUGUAUUUUGCCAUCCUUAAUGUCACCCUUGUGUAUUACAUAUAGAGUUAGUUCCACUGUACUACUGUGCAAUUAUUUUCUUAAGAUUGACUUUGCAAUGUUAACAUAAAAGAAGAGACCAGACUAUUUACUGCAAAUAUCCUGAUGGCAUGUGCCUGCAAUGCAUUUUGACUUUACAACAUACAAUAUAGCUGUUUAUUGGAAGUGUUUGGUUUGUUCCCUUUCAUUCAGCAUCGCACAGUAUGAGAAACAUUUUUCUACAGAAGCAUAAACACAACACUGUAAAGUUACUAUUUUAUCAAGCUGUUUGUUGUGAUCAUAUUACACUGAUCUCUGCGCUAAUUCUUUCAUUCUUUGCUGACUGAACUGCUUGAGCUGAAGUAUAAUUUACCAACGUCAAAUGAUUUUUUUAAAUUAAUUUAUAUUUUUCAUUGUUUGGGCAAUGC